AUGGUCGUGGACCCCGAUGUGGGGACCCGGCCACUCGCAGCAGUCGUCUACGCGUACAAUCAUACCACUCACGAAUUCAGGUCUCCGCAAAUUGUUAGCAGACUGGUAUGCCUGGAAAGUAUUGAUCUCGGGUGGUUCGAGUACACAGAUGCGAUUCAGAAAUGCGUUCCUGCGAGCGCAACCGGAGAUUUUGCCCCAGACGUCGUGUUCAGUUUUGCCAAGAAUCUUAAGUGGAGGCAUAGGAGAUCGAAUAAUCCUUUCGCGGGAGAUAUGCCAGAGGAGUACAAAGACAAAGAGGACCCAGGGCUGCAAGAAUGA